AUGUUUUACUUGUAGGCACAUUCCCAGGCUCAGGCAGAGCUGUCCUCCAAGCCAUGGACACCACUUGUGCUCUUGCAGAGCCUGAGUAGAGCCCAUAGCAAGCCCAGCUGUCUCCCAGCCAUGGAUACCACGGAUGUGCCCCUCCAGGCCGAGAUGGUGGAGCUGGUGCCCAAUGGGAAGCACACGGCUGCACUCACCACCUCCACUGUCCCCUCACUGGCAGGUGACAGAUUUGAGGAGAACCAGACUGGUGUGGCAGAGAUGGAGGAAUUCCUGCCCCAUGGUGCCGAGAAGAAGCAGACACACUUCACUGAUUUUGAAGGGAAGACGUCUUUUGGGAUGUCCGUCUUCAAUCUGAGCAAUGCCAUCAUGGGCAGUGGCAUCCUGGGGCUGGCCUAUGCCAUGGCAAACACCGGCAUCAUCCUCUUCCUCUUCCUUCUCACAGCCGUGGCACUGCUCUCCAGCUACUCCAUCCACCUGCUGCUCAAGUCCUCUGGCAUUGUGGGCAUUCGCGCCUAUGAGCAGCUGGGCUACCGAGCCUUCGGCACGCCGGGGAAGCUGGCUGCAGCCAUUGCCAUCACCCUGCAGAACAUCGGAGCCAUGUCCAGCUACCUAUACAUCGUCAAAUCUGAAGUGCCUCUGGUCAUCCAGACCUUCCUGAACCUGGAGGAGAAGACCACGGACUGGUACAUGAAUGGGAACUACCUGGUGAUCCUGGUUUCUGUCACCAUUAUCCUGCCCCUGGCCCUCAUGAAGCAGCUGGGCUACCUUGGCUACGCCAGCGGCUUCUCCCUCAGCUGUAUGGUCUUCUUCCUCAUCUCGGUCAUCUACAAGAAGUUCCAGAUCCCCUGCCCACUUCCGGAGCAGGAGGGGAACAUCACGGGCAUCCUCAAUGCCACCACUGUCAGCACUAGUGACUACCAGAAUGGCUACACAGUCCUCCAGGCCCCUGAGCAGGUCACUUGUACACCCAGCUUUUUCACCCUGAACUCACAGACAGCAUACACCAUCCCCAUCAUGGCCUUCGCCUUCGUCUGCCACCCCGAGGUCCUGCCCAUCUACACUGAGCUGAAGGACCCCUCCAAGAAGAAAAUGCAGUGCAUCUCAAACAUCUCCAUCAUGGUCAUGUACCUCAUGUACUUCUUGGCUGCCCUCUUUGGCUACCUCACGUUUUAUGACUUUGUGGAGCCAGAGCUGCUGCACACAUACAGCAAGGUGGACCCCUUUGAUGUGCUCAUCCUGUGUGUGCGUGUAGCUGUGCUGACGGCUGUCACCCUCACUGUCCCCAUCGUCCUCUUCCCGGUGCGUCGGGCCAUCCAGCAGAUGCUGUUCCAAGGGAAAGACUUCAGCUGGAUCCGCCACAUCGCCAUUGCUGUGAUCCUGCUGACCUUCAUCAAUCUCCUCGUGAUCUUUGCCCCCUCUAUUCUUGGCAUCUUCGGCAUGAUUGGUGCCACCUCUGCUCCCUGCCUCAUCUUCAUCUUUCCUGCCAUCUUCUACAUCCGCAUCAUGCCCAAGGACAAGGAGCCGCUGCGCUCCACCCCCAAAAUAUUGGCUGCCUGCUUUGCCCUCCUCGGAGUGGCCUUCAUGAUCAUGAGCUUGAGCUUCAUCAUCAUCGACUGGGCCACGGGUGGGGGGAAGAGCGGUGGCAGCCACUAG